UGUAAAGUUUGCUGCAAAAGUGUUGUGGAACUUCUGAAAAGUUUCAGCAUCCCUUCCUUCUGUGCUUUCAGCCUUCUCACACCAUGAAAACGACUUAGAGUUGGGAUACCUCCUGCUCACUGUGUGUUCUGACUUGGCUUCUUUAGAAACUUGUAUUGUUUUUAAUUCACACCUUGCUGUUUUUGUUCUUGAAGGAUUGAAGGAUACAAUAUGGGACAAGAUAUUUAUUUCAUUCCAAGAAAAACAUCUUGGCCGCACUGGAGGCACCUGUACACUUCAGUCUGUGUAGCUCUGCUGUCAGUACUGUGGACCCCUGCACUGUGUCAAAUCGACCUUGAUUACAACCACAACAGCUUAGAUGACAACCCUCUCUGCCCAAAUAUAAGAGUUGGACAAGAUGACCUACCAGGCUUUGACCUGAUAAGUCAGUUCCAGUUGGACAUUGUACCGCUCAAAGGAGUGAGAAAGGUGGAAGGCUCGACAGCAUUGCAAGUGGCUUACAGACUCGAUAAAGAUGCAGGCUUUCAAAUUCCUACGAGGGUAAUCUACCCGCGUGGUUUGCCUGAGGAGUAUUCUUUUGUGACCACGUUCCGCAUGAUGAAGAACACCAUCAACAAAGUAUGGAACGUGUGGCAGCUGGUGGACCAGGAUGGCUACAAGCAGGUGGGGCUGCGGCUCAAUGGAGACCAGCAGGGGGUGGAGUUCUUCCUGCUGGGCAUGGAUGGCAAUCUGCAAGUGGUCACCUUUCCAGGGGUAUCACAACUUUUCAACACAGAGUGGCAUAAAGUGCUGGUGGGAGUGGAGCGUGAUCAGGUGACCCUCUACCUGGACUGCCAGCCUAUUGGAUCCAAACCCAUUAAGACCAAAGGUACUGUCAAUACUGAAGGGGAGACUCUCAUCGGAAGGCUGGAUGCAGAUCCUGAUACCUCUGUAGUGUUUGAACUGCAGUGGAUGCUGAUACACUGUGACCCCCAUAGGGCCCAGAGAGAAUCCUGCUCUGAGUUACCCAUGCAAGAGAGAAUUAUUCCCAAUGCUGAGCCUGACCCCAGAGGUCCAAGGCCUGUCCCAGGUCCCCCAGGUCCCCCGGGCCCUCAGGGGCCCCCAGGAGACCCUGGAGAAGAUGGGAUGGAUGGGAAGAAUGGUGUCCCUGGCCUUCCUGGAUCACCUGGUCUACCUGGUCUGAAAGGAGAAAGAGGAGAGGUUGGACUCCCUGGACUGAGAGGAUUGCCAGGUCUUCCUGGAGUUAAUGGAAUGCAAGGGUUCUUGGGCCCAAGAGGUCCUGUCGGAGAACGGGGAUUACCUGGAUCUCCUGGUCCCCCAGGCCCUCCUGGACCUGAAUCAGUAGGACCUGCAGGACCUCCUGGGAAACCUGGUGAAGCUGGGGAUCCUGGCAAUCUUGGACCUGAGGGACCGAUGGGACCAAAAGGCAGUGCUGGUCCCCCGGGUCCACCUGGGCCUGCGGGACCCCCUGGAGUUUUCACAGGAGAUGGGAGUGGAGAUUUUUGUCCAACAGCUUGUCCCGCUGGUCCUCAAGGCAAUCCUGGAGUAGCAGGCCUGAAGGGCCACAAAGGUCAGAUGGGUGAACCAGGGAAGCCAGGAAAGGAUGGCCAAAAGGGGAAUUCUGGGUUACCUGGUCCACAGGGCCUGACUGGUGCUAGUGGGAGCGAGGGAACUAGAGGGUUGAGAGGAUUUCCUGGUAGUGCUGGAGACAAAGGAGACAGGGGUCCUCCAGGCUUUAAUGGGAUCCCAGGACCUACUGGACCAUCAGGCCCAGUUGGACAACAAGGACCAAGAGGAACCCAGGGUUUAGAAGGCCCCAAAGGAGAUGAAGGUCCAGCGGGUCGCAAUGGAGAAGAUGGUGCUCCAGGGCGCAAGGGGGAAGUUGGUCCCCCUGGAAAAGAUGGAAAUGAUGGAGAGCCUGGAGAUGAUGGGAAGAGGGGAGAACCUGGGAUGCCAGGCCUCGUGGGUCCUAGGGGUCUUCUUGGAAUCCAAGGGCUGCCUGGAGAACCAGGACAGAAGGGCCAUGCUGGUGAAAAGGGUGGAAUUGGACCUCUCGGAGGAACAGGACCAGCUGGUCCUCCUGGUAAACCAGGAGACGCAGGAGUGGCUGGUGAAAAUGGAUUACCAGGACCAAAAGGACCUCCUGGUGAAACUGGAAAACAAGGACCAGGUGGUGCAACUGGGCUUCCUGGACCUGAUGGUGAAAAAGGUGGCAAAGGGGAAGCUGGUUCCCGUGGUAUAAAAGGCCAUACUGGAGAGAAAGGCGAAAGGGGCCCCAUAGGACCCGCUGGCCCACAAGGGAGUAAGGGCAACCCAGGUGCACCUGGAGGAAAUGGGAAUAAAGGAGACAUGGGUCCUCCUGGUAUUCCGGGGAUUAAGGGAGAGAUAGGCACCAAAGGAGACAAGGGACCAAAGGGGCCAGAAGGCCACCGUGGACAACCAGGCCACAUGGGACCUUCUGGCCCCCCAGGUCCUCGUGGGAUGGAUGGGGACAGGGGUAUAUCUGGACCGCCUGGGCCGCAAGGUCUUCCUGGUCAGGAAACAAGUGAGAAGAGAAUCAGGGAAAUUUGCAACUCCAUGAUUCAAGACCAAAUUGCUGCACUUGCUGUCAGUCUCAGGAGUCCAGUAGUUAAAGGAGCCGCGGGCCGUCCUGGAGCCGCUGGUCUCCCAGGACCACCAGGGCCACCUGGGCCUGGAGGACAUCCAGGACAGAAAGGCCCUAUGGGUCCCAGAGGGCAGCAAGGAUUCUAUGGAGAGCCAGGACUGAAAGGUGACACAGGGGAGAAGGGAGAACGUGGAGAAGCUGGAAUUGGAAAGCGUGGGAGUCAGGGACCACCAGGACCUCCAGGAGAACCUGGUCUAGAUGGCGUUGGCAAAGCUGGCCGUGAUGGUGCUCACGGGGAGCAGGGGGUUCCAGGGGAAACUGGUUUUCCAGGCUCUCGAGGUCCCAGAGGCCCACCUGGGGUGUGUGAUCCCACAAGCUGCAUGGGGCCCCCACCGAUGUUCAUGCCAGUGAGUGGGAAAAAAUCCUCCAGUAUGAAGGGCCCAUGAAAAAAGAAGACAUCUAAAUAUAAGUUAUACAGUAUGAGAGCUCAGAAACAAGGAGUUAAUGCCCUGGUCAUGUCCAAGAUGAACUUGAACUCAACCUGUUUCCAUUUCACAAAAGCUAUGAAGACUGGUGAGCUGUGCUUGUCAACCCUUGAUCUUUGAGCUUUCACCUGGCAGCGAUGCCUUGUAUGUUUGUAUAAAUCAAUCUACCCUGUUAACAAAGAGAUGUCCUUGAAAUAUGAAUGAAUACAGAGACAAAAAAAGAUGUUUGAGUUGAUCCCAUUGAUUUAUUUUUCACCCAUUACUAAAAUAGCAUUGGGCUAAUAAGCAAUAAAGCUGGUUCUUGUUUUUUGUGUAGUCCAAUACAUUAUAAGAGAGCAAUAUAGAGCCUUAUUUAUGCAAACUACUUUUAAAACCCUCAGGAGAGCUUGGCAGGUUAAAGUGUGACACCAUGUCUACCAUUUAAAAUGAAAUUCUUCAUAAGCAGUUCCAUUUUCAAUCUGUGGGCCAUAUUCACAACGCUUUUACCAACAACUAAAGCAUUUGCCCACGACUAAAUAAAAAUAAAUACAUAAAUAAAUAAAUGUUGAUGUAUAAAGCUUGAGACAAAUAACCCAGUAUUUGUCUCAAGCUUUAUUAGCAGUUUUAUUUUCAUUCACAAUAAAAUGUUGCAAAGCGUGGUGGUAAAUGCUUUGUGAAUAUAGUCCUGUAUAUGGAAUAGAUCUAAUUACCACACACAGACAAACAUAACAGUGGGGAAUUCUGAGAAAUAUAAAUAAUGCACUAUUUGAAGGAACUGUGGUAGGAAACACAGUAAAUCAGGGGAAACUGAAGGCAUAGUGAAAAAGGCCUUGUAUUGCAAACUUUAUAUGGGUAGGGAAUCAUACUAAAUCACAAUCCCUACUGAUUGCAUUGAUU